CUGACAGACUCAAGGGCAAAUAACAGUAGCAGGCUGAAGAGGCAGCCAGAGCACGGAGAAGCCAACAGAAAUUCCAGGGAGCAGGAAAACAAACAGUGUUUCUCCAACAGCAGUUCCUGGACUGUCUGCACCAGAAGCACCUGGACUGCCUGCUGCAAAAUCCAGAUUCUUGGAGGCUGCCCCACCCUGGAGUAGAAUUCCAAGAAGUCUUGGGGUCAGUUCCCUGCCUGUGCCAAGAUGAGUGACUGGAGCUUCCUGGGAGCAUUCCUGGAGGAGGUACACAAGCACUCCACCGUUAUCGGCAAGGUCUGGCUCACUGUACUGUUCAUAUUUCGCAUGCUCGUGCUGGGCACAGCUGCCGAAUCUUCCUGGGGAGAUGAGCAGGCUGAUUUCCAGUGUGAUACCAUUCAGCCUGGUUGCGAGAAUGUUUGCUAUGAUCAAGCCUUCCCCAUAUCCCACAUUCGCUUCUGGGUGCUGCAGAUCAUCUUCGUCUCCACGCCAUCUCUGGUGUACAUGGGCCACGCCAUGCACACUGUGCGCAUGCAGGAAAAGCGGAAGCUACGAGAAGCGGAGCGAGCCAAAGAGAUCCGCCGCUCUGGAUCUCCUUACGAAUAUCAGGUGGCUGAGAAAUCAGAGUUGUCCUGCUGGGAGGAAAUGAAUGGAAAGAUCGUCCUCCAGGGCAAUCUGCUCAACACCUAUGUCUGCACCAUCUUGAUCCGCACCGCUAUGGAAGUGGCCUUUAUUGUGGGCCAGUACUUCCUCUAUGGAAUCUUCCUAAAUACGCUGCACGUCUGCCGCAGAAGUCCCUGCCCCCACCCCGUCAACUGUUACGUAUCCCGGCCCACAGAGAAGAAUGUUUUCAUUGUCUUUAUGCUGGCUGUGGCCGGACUGUCUCUCUUCCUCAGCCUGGCUGAACUCUUUCACCUGGGUUGGAAGAUCAGACAGCGAUUUGUCAAGAGGAGGCAGGGCAUGGCUGAAUGCCAACUUCCUGGCCCAUCUGCAGGCGUAAUUCAGAGCUGUACACCUCCCCCCGACUUCACUCAGUGCCUGGAGAAUGGCCCUGGGGGAAAGUUCUUUAGUCCCUUCAGUAACAAUACGGUCUCUCAGCAGAACACAGACAACCUGGCCAAUGAGCAAGCGAGAGGCCAAGAGCGGAUUCCUGGAGAGGGUUUCAUCCAUAUCCAUUAUGGUGAGAAGCCUGACGUGCCCAAUGGAGUCUCAUCAGGUCACCGCCUUCCCCACGGCUACAAUAAUGAAAACCGCCGUCUUAGCAAGACCAGCAGCAGGGCCAGGUCAGAUGACCUAUCAGUGUGAACCUCCAACUGGGAGAAACAGAGCCAGGUGGGGAGAAAGGAGGCUCAGAGAGAGAAGAUAAUUCCUUCUGACCCCGUAUUCUCAUUCUCACCGCUGCUCUGCUCCUUUUGGGCUGUGAGUCUCAUUUGCAUUGCUCAUUAAUCCUGGAAGGUAUAUCCAGGGUUCUGGAGAGUUUAGUCAUAAUGGCUUCCCAGCAGGCUGUCUUCUCCACCUCAUCUUCUACCAGUAUACUCAGUGAAAGCUUUCAGAUUAUGCACUGAACAGGGUAGGAGAAGGGAGGGGAACUGUGACAAAAUCAGGCCAGAGGAUAGUCGUAAUCAUAAAAUACCAGCAACAUACCUGAUAAGUUCUUAAGUUCCUGUGACUUUCUUGACUUCAUCACCGCCCAUCCCCAGAAAGAACUCAAAAUUCUCAGCCAAUAGAGGACACCAGUCAAAGAACUUGAUUACCUGUGCUCUUGAAUCUAUUGUUUUCUUUGUUGAGCCAUAUCUUGUGGUGGUGGUGAGGUGGCCCGUGGCUGCUUGGCUACACUACCCUUCUCUCUACCCUGCCUUAAAAGGGAAUCCUUGGAACUUGACUAGCCUCAGUUUUACAAGUGCCUUGGCGUGUAUCCCAAGCAAAUGUCCCACCUUGGUGAUGCUGCAGCCUUUCCUUCUGCCAAGGUAUAUACCCACCCCAUGAGGGUGCGAGCUUCUCCAAAGAGUCACUGUAUGCACAAACUGCACUGGAAUUUCUGCCACCACCUCUCAUGCUGGGCUUCCUGAGCUGUGUCUUACAGUUCAUGCCAAUGACAGAAGCCAUCCUUGUAUUUCUUCCCUUGGUCGUUCAUCCAGUGUUCAUCUGAAGACCAUCUUAUUAAUAGGAAUGCCCAAAAAAAUCACUGCCCCCCUCUCAGAUCCUGAAUGGAUCACUAGCCACUGAAAGCAGUAGGCUUUACAUUGUCUUCUCAGAUGCCCCUUAGGGGAGAAAAGACACUGGAAUAUUUUCUCCUAUUUCUCUUAUUGACUGCCAACUUUUAGAAUAUCAAGAGGAGGUAUGAUGGCAGCUAUUGAGGUUCUCAGAUCUCUCUCUCCUUGGAGGCAUCAGCAGGGACAGGGAAGCAGUAGGGGAAUCUUAUCAAGACCCUACUUAAAGUCACAGAGACUCCUACAGCUCCCAGAUUCCCUUAACGAGACUGCCCAGUAGAGGCUGCAGAAAAGCCUUGCCUUCCCAUGGACUGGCUCAGUGUCUGUACUGGGAGGAUCCAUAAUGGGAUGAGUGACUGCCAUUGUGAAUGCAGGCAAAGGGUGCUAGGCAUUGGAUAUUGAGAGUAUUGAGACAUUAUUACAUUUAAAAGAUGUGUAUGUGUGUGUGUGUGUUUGUGUGUGUGUGUGUGUGUUGGUGAUGGGAAGGGGAGUCCCAAAAUAAGAAAAAGAGGCUGUAGAGAACCUAUGUCUUCCAGUUGUUUGGCAGAGGGCCCAAGCCUCAUUAUCUUAGUGUUAUUAGCCUGAACAAAUGGGCAUGAGAGGUUGGGGCAGAGGAGGGUAAAGUUCAGCAGAAGACUCACUUCCUCCCUGACCUGCUUAUUUCUGGGCCACUCUGUAGCUAUUUGGAUGGUAUUGGCAGGUUGAAAGCAGGAUUUGAGAGAAGAGAUGGGAAAAAAACUGGCUGAGAUACCAUUUAGGAAAGAAUGGUCAUCCCAGGUCCCUGGAGGGAACACAUUUACUAUCUGGCACUGGCAUUGUCAUUCUCUCUUCUUCCAUCUCUAAAAUGUGUUUUGUGAAAUGAUUAUUUUUUAAUUCAAAAUUCUAUGAUAUCAGUCCUUGAUGGAAAGGUUUUCAGGAAGGAAAAAUAUUAAAGAAUUCGUGUACUCUGUCUUAAUAAAAUCUGUCUCCAUA